AUGUUUCCUUUUAUUCCUCGAAAGGUCGCUCAGGCUGGCAAAUCGACCGCCGCAACCGCAAGUUCAUCGCAGUCGAGGCGAAAUACUUUGCCCACAACCUCGACUACGAGAGACUCAGCCGCUGAAGGAGGCCAGCCCGUCGAUGUCAAAGGCAAGCGCAAAGCUGUUGACACCGACCCUGCUGUAGAGGACUACUACUCUCUCCUUUGCCUGGCCCUCUCUGACCACGCAAUAUGGGCGGACUCGCACUUGAGAAGCAGGCUCAUCAACGGGUCCGACGGCUACAUCCCGCUCCGUUACCUCCUCUCGCAUUCGCCUGUCCUGACCGGUCUCGAUCCAUCACCCUCGGAGACAGUGGUAGCUAAAGUUGUUCGCGCGCAAGAGUGUGCUUUCCUGGACAUACGAGUGCUGGUGUCUGCUCCCUCCCGUGCGGCGUGGUAUGGCAAGGAUAGCGCGGAGGAUGUGCUGGGUGGAUACGAAGUGCGGAGGAGAGACUGGCCGGAGGCCUUGCGGCGCAUACACCAGCUCACAGAGGAUGACUGGGCAGCCAGAAGCGUAUACGUGGAAAACAUCCCGUUCCAAUACCGGACAACUGCAGCUAUAGCUCGCUUUAUCCACUCGCUCACUGUCAGUCCAUCCUCUUCGGAGCCGUCCAUGCCAACACAGCACAUCUGGCUACCUCCUCACGUCCAAGACAAACCAGGCGACCAGCCCAAGUGCAAAGGGUUCGCUCUCAUCUCAGUCUCAACCCUCGCACAGGCAGAGAACCUGGCGCAUGACUGGCCCUGGGACGUUCGGCGGACGGAUCUGUACAACGUGGCCGACACCGCAGAAGCACAGGAAGCCGUGAAGUUUGGCUUCCGCGUCAUGCCUCGUGCACGCUGGGAUGCAUUGCGGGAGGAGUAUCUCGCCUAUCGUCAGACGCUCUUGGAUGCUCUUGCGUAUUCGGAACACGAGACUGGGGAAGCUCAGGAGACGAACACUGUCGAAGAGCACGCGCCGUCGCAUGCUACAGCGCCGAGCCUACUUACCACAGAUUUAUCGUCACCGUAUCCUCAAGGCUGUCUCGUCUUCGUCCGCAACGUACACCCGGAGACGAACAAAACAACCCUGCGCGCACUGUUCUCACAGCCAUUCACAGAGAGCGGUGCGGCUGACGCCGGCGUGGACUACGUAGAUUUCUCCAAGGGCAUGGACACGUGCUACUUGCGCUUGGCCUCUGCACGACAUACACAGCUCCUCACCGCGUUCUUUGCUGCAAAUUCAAAAGCGCAGAAUGGCGGCCUGGAUACCACUGGCGUUGCACCCUCGCCAGGGACGACCCUCAAGGCCGUUACUCUCGAGGUCGUCGAAGGCAUACGAGAAGAGCUGUACUGGAACAAGGUGCCGGAGAAGGUGCGACGGCAAGCGGUGGAAAAGGCGACCGCAACAUCUACCGCGAGCGACCAACCGGAGAAUGUGGGGGAGGAGGCGUUCGAGCCCGCGGAGAAAAAACGGAAGCGCAAACGGAGGAAGCGCGACGAGUGA